AUGCACCGAGAAGCAAACAUUCAACUCGCAAACAGUCAAGACCCUCUUCAUCUCGACCCCGCCCAGGGCUCACGCACUGACGAACUCCAAGCAUCCCUCUGGGCACUCCUCAAAGUUGUCGGUCAACAGCUUACCUCACUAUACUUGCCAUGGGCCAACUCCACCUAUGAGUUGCAUUCCGAUAUUUGGGAUCUGUGUCCCAACCUCGAACAUUUGUACACGGCCAUGAAGCUCACUCGUCCACCCCCGUUCGAACACCCGAUCCACACUCUCUGUAUUGCGUCAUCCCGAAACUACAUGUACCUCAGAGAGCGGCCUUUCCCUGACUGGAUCAACCUUCGCAUCAUCCGAACGGAUGUGCGCUGGGACAGGUCAGAGUCACUGAUUUAUUCUAUGGCGUGGGUGAAGACGUGUGCCGAACGCAAUAUACGAUUGGAGGACGCUACUGGGGAAUCAUAUGACGAGUUCAUCGAGAGGACAGGGAAAAUUCAGGACAAAUCGGAGGGAGAAAAGUCUUCAACCUAUUCGGAGCAAGCUGCCAACGCGGGACAGGAGGUGGCAAACGCAAACGAAGAAGUCGCUCAACCAAUCGAAACCGUCUCAGUCGCACCUCCUGUUGAAGAGGUCGCCGAAAAACAAGAAGAUACGAACCCCCCAGAUGCUAACGCUCAACCACCCUCCUCUCCUAUAGUUGAAGAUCCAAUUGACAAUGUGGCUGAUAACGAAGUCAUUGCAUUGGAAGACAUUCCUAUAGAACCAAGUGCUCCUAACGUCGUCGAAUCAGAGUCUCCCUUCGUCAUCCCAUUACCACCGUCGCCCAUACAAGACUCAGCCGCUGACUCUGCCACAAGCGGGAAUGAUUCUCAGCAAGCUCAAGAUACUCAAUCUGCUCAAGCGGUCACUCCCAAAGUUUCUGCCCAAGAAGUGGUCACAACCAACCCCGCGCACUUGUGUCAUGACACCAUCAGCACAACCAUAGAAAACGAAGUGGAACCUCUCUCUCAGGAGGUUAUUACUACCGAUGUACCCACAGGUAUCGAAGAAAAAGAAAAAGAAUGCAGCGUUACACAUACCACAGACUCAUCUAAUCUUCCUUUAUCUUCCCCGCUCGAAACUUCAAGUUUUGUAAAGGCCGAAGCCGAUAAGAGCAGUGCUCCCGGUGACACCUUACUAGUACCUCCUGAGGAUGUCAAGGCUGAAUGA